GAGGGAUUGCCCUACCCGGCAUUUGCAGGUGUUCGGUGUCAGUUGAGCGCUCGAGCCGGCCAUUUCCUGAAUAGUGAUUUCCUCUUCUCCUUUUCCAAUUGGGACCUGAUCGUUGAAGCUUGUGGGAUUCUCGGAUCAUAUCUGCCAGAGGUGUUCCAACAACUGGAAGCCAGGGAAGCUACAAUACCGUACGGGACCUUUCGAACUGUUGCUUUGGCGGCGUUUGAAUGUUCACCACCCGAAUAGAUCCACCCUUUUGCUAUUUCUGCAAAUGCCAAUGCAACAGUCAUUUUCAGGUUGAUUGUGACAUUCAGUGAAAGAAGUGGCGCCAAGCAGGGUGAGGGGCCAAGGUGAGGGCGCCUACCUGCCACACACCUCGCCAAGGGGAGGGUCCCGUGUUAUAGGGCAGCAUGGAGGCGGGGGACUUCCAGAAGCUGGCCGUUAAGCAGUACCCCCCUCGAAGCAUCAGGGAAACGGCAGAAGGGAAAUUUUGGAAGUCGUUUGGCUCUCCAGUCCUUACACAGCACGUUGGCCCGGUGUCAACCAUCGACUUCAGCCCUGCUGCCCCGUAUGAUUUUGCAGUCACCAGCUCCACUAGGGUCAUUCUGUACGACAGUGCGCUCCGGAAGCCCAAGAAGACCAUCACCCGCUUCCGGGACAUUGCGUACUCCGGGACUUUCCGGCCCGAUGGGCAGCUGGUGGUGGCGGGCGGGGAGACGGGCAUAGUGCAGGUCUUUGAUCCGGGCAGCCGCGCGGUGCUGCGCCAAAUGAAGGGGCACUCCAGAGCGGUCCACUUUGCCCGGUACGCCCCCGACAAGACGCACAUUGCCUCCGGUGGGGACGACGCAACGGUGCGGUAUUGGGACUCCCCUGCGCAGGCGCAGCUGCUGUGCUUAGAGGGCCACACCGACUACGUGCGCUGCGGCGCGGUGAGCCCCGCCAAUGGGGACAUGUGGGCCACCGGCUCGUACGACCACACACUGCGGCUGUGGGAUGUGCGAGCGGGCGCGUCUGUCCUGCGCCUUGAUCACGGGCAGCCCAUCGAAGCGCUUGCUUUCUUCCCCUCAGGGGGCCUGCUGGUGUCAGCUGGGGGCAAUUACCUAAACGUGUGGGACAUCCUCGCAGGCGGGCGGCUGCUGCGGCGCGUGAGCAACCACCAGAAGACCAUCACGAGCGUGGCACUGGCCACCCCCCGUGGGGCCACCUUUGCUGGGGGCGCCGCUGCGCCGCGCCUGCUGUCUGGUUCCCUGGACGGUCACGUCAAGGUGUAUGACAUCAACGAUUUCAAGGUGACCCACGCUUCGCGCUACCCUGCGCCGGUCCUCAGCCUGGGCGUGUCACCCAACUGCACCACCCUAGCAGUCGGGAUGACCAGCGGCCUCCUAUCCAUCCGCACGCAGGAGGGCUCGCGGCGUGCCACGGCCGCUCCUGUGGGCCGCGGCGGUCGGGGCAUGCUGGGCCUGCGCCCCAAGGCGCGUAAAAGGCAGCGCCAGCAGUUGCAGCCGGGCACGUACCGCUACUUUCUGCGGGGCCAGGCCGAGGACGCCCCCGCCGGUGCCCUCGUGCUGCCGCGUGAUCGCGCUCCCCGCCUGGCCGCGCACGACAAGCUGCUGCGCCGCUUCCAGUACCGUGAGGCCCUGGACGCUGCGCUCCAUGGGGGCCGCCCUGAGGUGGUGGUGAGCGUGAUGGAGGACCUGGUGGCGCGCCACGGCCUCUGCUCCGCGCUGGCGGGCCGGGACGCCGCAGCCCUACAGCCCCUCCUCGCCUUCCUCGUACGGUACGCGGUGCACCCGCGGUAUGCGCGCCUGCUGCUCCGCGUGGCGCACAAGGUGCUGGACCUGUACGCGCCCACGCUGGGGCGGGCCCCCCAGGUCGACACCCAGAUGGAGCUGCUGCGGGAGCGCGUGCUGGUGGAGGUGCGGCUGCAGCAGAGCCUGCACGCGCUGCAAGGACUCCUCCAACCCAUCAUCGCAGCAUCCAUCUCGGCAGGGACCUGAUAGGCGCAAAUCGCACUGGCGCCAGCCCAACGGAGUGUCCUCAUACCAAGGUGACAGGCGGUCACCGUACGUUGAGAGUCGUGCAGGUGUGGUUGGUGACGCUUCUCUCGAGCCUUCUCCGGAGAAGGGUCUCAGGCAAAGGCCCGACGACGGGACAAGACAGACAAGAAGACUCGUGAUGUAUGUGUCUGGUCAAUGCCAGUACCACUUCAGUACCAGGCACUUGCGUUCAGUGGUUGGGUGCAAGGCCUGUUUGUCUGUGAGCGCCUGCGAAGAGUACAUGGUGCGAUAAUAUAGGACACUGAUGCGGGUUUGUUGGUCGUCGUACUGAGUACAGUCUAUCUAUGGUGCUAAAGAGCAAGUCGUCAAGCUUUUAGUAUCAGGGCACAUGCUUACAAAUGACUGGUUGCUGCAUACAAUCUAUAGUCCAUCGGGCUUCGAAUGGGUCUUGUAACAUUUCAAAGGUUCCCCCCAAAUAUAUGGUCCUUUGAUGCUGAUUGAAUGUUGACA